AUGGUGGUGUUACUGGUAUUUGGUCAGGUUGUGGGCAAGGGGCGUGUUAUUCAGUGUGCUGCUGUGGAUAGCUACCCCGUUCUUCAUAAGUAUAUUCAGCCAGGAGAUCUCAUCGUCAGUGCUAUUGUAUCUCAGGCAAUCUUUGCCACAAGUCCAAAACACUUCAAGUGCCAACCUGCUGGGAUACUAUCUGAACAAUAUGCGUUGAUUCCUCAGAACUACCAGCAUAUACUGGCUUUGGAAUUUGCUGUCAAGGAGAUCAACGAAAAUCCACAGAUCUUGCCAAAUCUCACCCUGGGGUUUUACAUUUAUGAAAGCUAUAUGAAUCCAAGAUUGACAUAUCGUGCUGCUCUACAACAUAUUUCCCCAAGGAACAGAUUUGUCCCCAACUAUAGGUGUGAUAUGCAGGACAAUGUAGAAGCAAUUCUUGAGGACAUUGAGACAGAGAAUGCAGAAUUUAUUCAUGAUCUUUUGCAGAUGUACAGGAUCCCACAGCUCAAUGUGAAAGGCAAUGAUUAUAUGACAAAAUCUCUGAAAGUUUUUUCAGAACUCUAUGAAAAAAUGAUGACUAGCACUGCCAAUGUAAUAAUCCUUGGAGGGCAAUCUUGUAAUAUUAUACAUUUCAGAUGUCUUAUAUUAUUCAUGCAAACUGUGUACUUGAUGCCAAAACGAAAAGGUAAAGUUUGGAUUGUAACAGCUCACGCAGAUCUGAAAGCCUACGGCGAGGGAAAAUGUGGGGAUGUGCAAAUCUUCCAUGGCAUGAUAUCUGUUGCAAUUCACUCCAAUGAACUUCAGAGGUUCCAAGAAUUUUUCAAGAGCAGAAAGCCAUCCAGUGCGGAGGGAGAUGUUUUUCUCAGGGACUUCUGGUCACACACUUUUCAUUGUGCAUUCCCAAAUUCGGUUCUGGGCACUGUGAAUCAGGUUAACUGCACUGGAGAUGAGACCCUGAAGGACCUUCCUGCAUCUGAAAUGAGCAUGACUGGCCACAGCUACAGCAUCUACAAUGCGGUCUAUGCUGUUGCAUAUGCUUUGAAUGCUAUGCAUUCUUCAAAAGACAUACAAGGAGAGAGAAGGAAGCUUUCAAGUCAGCAGCCCUGGCAGCUCCAUCAUUUUCUUGGAUGCAUCUCAUUUAACAACAGCGCUGGAGACCAGAUUUCCUUUGACGGCAACAGAGAAUUGAUAGUAGGAUUUGAUAUUAUCAGCUGGUUAACAUUUCCCAACCAAUCUGUUGUUAGACUGAAAGUUGGUAAGAUCCCUUCCCAGGAACUGUCAGGACAAAGACUUCAGAUAGAUGAAGAAUUCAUGGUUUGGCACCCUCGAUUCAACCAGGUACAACCUUUGUCAUUGUGCAGUAAGAAUUGCAAUCCUGGGUAUAGGAUGACAAAGCGAAAAAGGGAGCCAUUCUGCUGUUAUGAUUGUCUCCAAUGUCCAGAAGGGACAAUCUCUGAUCAUCACGACAUGCCGGACUGUUUUCAGUGCUCAGUUGAUCAUUUUCCAAACAAGAACCAGAAUUAUUGCAUUCCCAAGAGGGUGAGCUUCUUGUCUUAUCAAGAACCUUUGGGAGCUGGUUUCCUUUUGGUCUCUCUGUCCCUGUCUUUGAUCACAGUCUUGGUACUUGGAAUAUUUAUAAAGCACCACAACACCCCCAUAGUGAAAGCAAACAACCGGAGCCUGACAUACACUCUUCUCAACUCGCUUCUACUCUGCUUCCUGUGUGCCUUGUUAUUCAUUGGCAAACCUGGAAAGAUAAUGUGUCUCCUUCGCCAAACUGCUUUUGGCAUCAUUUUCUCCAUUGCAGUUGCUUCCGUGUUAGCAAAAACGAUCACAGUGAUUGUGGCUUUCAUGGCCACCAACCCUGGCAGCUGGAUGAGGAAAUGGGUGGGGAAAAGACUGUCCAUUUCCAUUGUCCUUUCCUGUUCCUUUAUUCAAGUCGGUAUUUGUACCAUUUGGCUACUUAAUUCCCCCCCUUUCCCAGGUGUUGACAUGCUUUCAAUGGUGGAAGAAGUUGUAUUGGAAUGUAAUGAUGCCUCUCCUACUAUGUUUUAUUGUGUCUUGGGCUAUAUGGGCCUCCUGGCUAGCGUGAGCUUCCAGGUGGCUUUCUUUGCUCGGAAGCUACCUGACAGUUUCAAUGAAGCCAAGUUCAUCACUUUCAGCAUGCUGAUCUUUUGCACCGUUUGGUUAUCCUUUGUUCCAGCCUACCUGAGUAUCAAAGGGAAAUACAUGGUGGCUGUGGAGAUCUUCUCUAUCUUAGCCUCCGGUGCUGCCUUACUGGUCUGUAUCUUUUCCCCCAAAUGCUACAUUAUUGUAGUUAGAUCUAAGCUGAAUAGCAGAGUACAGCUUAGAAGGAAAAAUUAG